AUGACUGCCUCUUGCUACCUCUCUCCUGCUGCCUUUCUCCUGCUACCUCUCUCCUGCUGCCUCGCUCCUGCUGCCCCUCUCCUGCUGCCUCUCUCCUGCUGCCUCUCUCCUGCUGUCUCUCUCCUGCUGCCCCUCUCCUGCUGCCUCUCUCCUGCUGUUUCUCUCCUGCUGCCCCUCUCCUGCUGCCUCUCUCCUGCUGCCCCUCUCCUGCUGUUUCUCUCCUGCUGCCCCUCUCCUGCUGCCUCUCUCCUGCUGCCCCUCACCUGCUGCCCCUCUCCUGCUGCCCCUCUCCUGCUGCCUCUCUCCUGCUGUCUCCCUCCUGCUGCCUCUCUCCUGCUGCCUCUCUCCUGCUGCCUCUCUCCUGCUGCCCCUCUCCUGUUGCCCCUCUCCUGCUGCCCCUCUCCUGCUGCCUCUCUCCUGCUGCCUCUCUCCUGCUGUCUCUCUCUUGCUGCCUCUCUCUUGCUGUCUCUCUCCUGCUGCCUCUCUCUUGCUGCCCCUCUCUUGCUGCCUCUCUCUCCUGCUGCCCCUCUCCUGCUGCCUCUCUCCUGCUGCCUCUCUCCUGAUGCCUCUCUCCUGCUGUUUCUCUCUGCUGCCUCUCUCUUGCUGUCUCUCUCCUGCUGCCCCUCACCUGCUGCCCCUCUCCUGCUGCCCCUCUCCUGCUGCCUCUCUCCUGCUGUCUCCCUCCUGCUGCCUCUCUCCUGCUGCCUCUCUCCUGCUGCCUCUCUCCUGCUGCCCCUCUCCUGCUGCCCCUCUCCUGCUGCCCCUCUCCUGCUGCCUCUCUCCUGCUGUCUCUCUCUUGCUGCCUCUCUCUUGCUGUCUCUCUCCUGCUGCCCCUCUCUUGCUGCCUCUCUCCUGCUGCCCCUCUCCUGCUGCCUCUCUCCUGCUGCCUCUCUCCUGAUGCCUCUCUCUUGCUGCCUCUCUCUUGCUGCCUCUCUCUUGCUGUCUCUCUCCUGCUGCCCCUCUCCUGGUGCCCCUCUCCUGCUGCCUCUCUCCUGCUGUCUCUCUCCUGCUGCCUCUGUCCUGCUGCCUCUCUCCUGCUGUCUCUCUCCUGCUGUCUCUCUCCUGCUGCCUCUGUCCUGCUGCCUCUCUCCUGCUGCCUCUGUCCUGCUGCCUCUGUCCUGCUGCCCCUCUCUGGUGUUAUGUUUCCCUCCUCCUCCUCCUCUUCCUCUCUCUGGGGCCUCAGUGAGUCACUCCAUUAGCUCAGUUUCCUGCAGUCUGUCCACUCUGCAAGUGCUCAUAUAA